UGCUGUGGUCUGGAGGAGAAGACGCAGACAACAGUGCAGGGUCGCUGUCCUGGUAUCGUCAUACUCAGGACAUGAAAUGAGACUGUGGCUCUGAUGAGACUCUUUACGGGAAACUUCUGCGUCACUGACAAACACUUUAGUUCGGAGUUCAACGCUUAUUAUUCGGGGACCCGGUGGUCCCAGCCCCUGACAGGUGCGCACAGUGCGCGGAUAGGAUGGGCAGACGGGAGGCAGACAGCAGAGGCGCGAUGAACACCAGCGACCGCCCCGGGCUCGGUUGUCUGCAGGACGCGGCAUCCAGAGGCCACCGAGCCGGCGAGGGGUCCUCGAGGCUGAGUGGCCGCCGUCCCUGCAGCGCGGACAAGGCGCAGAGGCACCCGGCGAUGGAGGCGGCAGCCCGGGCAGCGACAGCUUCAGCGCCGAUGGAAGUGAAGAAGCACCAGCACAAACACAACUUGAAGCACCGCUACGAGGUGAUGGAGACUCUGGGCAAAGGCACCUACGGCAAAGUGAAGAGGGCGGUGGAGAGGAGCAGCCUGAACACGGUGGCGAUCAAGUCGAUCCGCAAGGAGCGCAUCACCGACGACCUGGACAAAAUCCACAUCCAGAGGGAGAUCGAGAUCACCUCCUCGCUCAGCCACCCAAACCUCAUACGCUUCCACGAGGUGUUCGAGAGCCGGGAUAAGAUCGUGAUAGUGAUGGAGUAUGCCAGCAGAGGAGAGCUGUACGAUUACAUCCAGGAGAGGAGGAGACUGCCAGAGACAGAAGCCAGAGGCAUCUUCAGACAAAUCACAUCUGCUGUCCACUACUGCCACAAGAAUGGUGUGGUGCAUCGUGACCUCAAACUGGAGAACAUCCUUUUAGAUCAAGAUUUGAAUGUCAAGCUGGCUGACUUCGGCCUCUCCAACCAUUUCCAGAGGGGCUCUCUGCUGCAGACGUACUGUGGAAGUCCGCUCUACGCCGCCCCAGAGAUAGUGAAAGGACUGCCAUACCAGGGGCCAGAGGUGGACUGCUGGGCGCUCGGGGUGCUGCUCUACGCCCUUGUGUACAGCAGCAUGCCAUUUGAUGGAGCGAGUCACUCCAUGCUCACUGAGCAAAUAAGUCAAGGUCGCUAUCACAGACCCAACCCCCCCUCAGACGCCUGCGCUCUUAUCGACUGGUUGUUGACAGUGCGCGUGGAUGAGAGAGCCACGAUAGAGGACGUGGCCAACCACUGGUGGGUGAACUGGGGUUAUGAAGAGAGUGUGUGUGACUGCCCUUCAUCUCCGCAUCAAGAAUGUCCCUCCCCUCUGCUGGCUCGCUACAUCGACUGGCAGAAUCAGGUCGCUGCCGCCAGCAACAUGACGGUGGACCCCGGGUGCCUGUCCUCAGACUCCACCUGUGCAACUCAGUGCUCUCACCACCCCUUUUACUUGAGCUUAACUCUGAGGAGUGAUCGUAGCGGAGGACGGGCACGUGGGGGAAUGUCAAGCCUCAGGAAAUCACGCAAGGAGAAUGCGAUUCCCCAGACUGCACAGGGAGCAUGUGGUGGUGUUUGUGCAGCAGCUGCCCCCUCUGCUGUGGUUUCUUCCACUUCCACUAUUGAAAGAAAGAAACCCAAAAGUAUUCUGAAACCCCAGAGGAGCUUUGACUCAGUCUUUCACAGUCCCCCUAACAAAAACUCUCCCUCCCAGCUAUACAGCCCUUCUCCUCAGCCUUAUCAAACACAUGCUGACGUCCUAUCCACCAGCUUGCCGUCCCCAUCAACAUUCAGCCAGCCCUCAUCUAAAAUGCCCAAGAAGGGGAUACUGAAAAACUUUUAUGGAGGGGAGUCAAGUUAUGUCUCCUCCUCAGGAAGAAGAGGCUCUGGAGCAGGAGUUAAAGAGAGUGAAGCCGGUGAUUUGUGCUCUUACAAACAGCUCAGUUGUCUCCCAGCAGCAGGGGACAGUCCCACCAUGCGCACAGAGGCAGUAAGAAGAAGGAAGGGUAUUCUGAAACGUAAUGGCAAGUUUUCCCGCAGUCUGGAUCUCCCAGACGAUCACCACUCUUCUCCCUCUGCAGCCCCUGCGAUCUUCCCCGAGGUUCUGCAGCAGCUCCUCCGUACAACAGGGGGCGCAGAGGGCAGGCGUAGCCGCCCGUCCAGUGUGGUGAGCGAGGAUAGCGUCUUCUCUUCUGAUUCCUUUGACUUGCUGGAUCUCAGCGCCCAGUCACGUCGCAGGAUUUUCUCCCGGGGGACGCAGCACAGCUCCGAGGAGGACCUGGAUCCGCUGAGGGCUGAGGCGGACAGGGUCGGAGAAGGACAGAAGGACAGAAGGAAAUGCUGACAUGACAACGACACCUGUUCUUCAGUUCACUUUCCUGUGAUAAUCAUCGUCUGCCAUCUUGAGUACGUGAACUCUCCUGUGCACUGUCAAUGCAAAGCACCAUUUCUCUGCACAUUUUUCUGUAUUGAAAGAUGAAUUCAACCGUAUUCUUUCACAGUUUAACUGUGUGGCAAUACAAACACUGGCAAGACAUUUAAAGGAGAUCCUGCACCUGCUAAAUUACAGAGAUGGCACCUGAGUGUGGCAGAACGGACAGACGCUCUGUUGAAUGAACUCUAACCUCACCUGCACAACAAAUCCUCUUUUUAGAUUUUGCUGCAGAUUUUGGUUCGGAUGAGCCUUGAACAUCUGAGUUUCGAUGCUGUGGCACCGAGCCUUUUGGAAAUGAUGACAAGUGCCAUCUUGAAUAUUGUCUAUUAAUAGUGGCAAGAUAUGCAGACAUCUCUAUUGAGCGUAAAUCCUGCUAAACUCGUGAUAUUUCUAAAUAACACCACAUCAACUUAACUAGUCGAUAACUAGUUUUUAACUCACUGAAAUGUAGUUGUACGCAGAUAUAAGGACAUUUUAAACAUUUCUUGAUGUAUAGUACUUGUCAGCAAUUAUAACUUCUCUUGUAUUAAUUGUGUUUUACACAUUGUUAGAAAUUAUCUGUUUACACAACAGGCUUCAUUGUUGACUGGAUAGAGUUAUCAUUGAAUUUUACAAACACUUAUAUCUGUGCACAAGUAUAUUAUAGUGUUUUAAUAAACCAAUCAUUACAUUU